GUUUUUAGAUUCUCCGAAUGUGUGUGUGUGUGUGUGGAGGAGAAGAGAGGGAGGGCGGGUUGGUUGAUGAAGAGAAGAAAGCGGUGGACGUAACAGUUAUUCGCUGGUGUAUGCAUUUGGCGAGCAAAUUCACACUCACUUUAAACAACCGCACAAACGUACGGAUAGCGUCCCUGCUCAGAGCAUGUGGAGCCUUCCCAGAAAUAUUGCAGGAACUCCACCUUUGACGGAAAAGUAGACCCACGGUUACGUUUUCCGGAGUGCGGAGGAAGCUCCGAUUACUCCCAAAAAGGACUGCCCCGAGUUUUCAGCCGAGGACUCGUUCUCAGCUGACCUGGAGAGGGGUGGUCGUCCGGUACACCGAACAGCCUGGAACGUCCCCCCUACCCGUCCAAAAGGGACCUUACACAGUCAAUCAGGCUGACCAUCAUCCGGUUUCAAUUCGCAAUCUAAUUACUGGUAAUAGUGUACGAGUGCGUCGUACGAGUGUGUGUGUACGAGUUUGUGUGAGCGCCUGAAGUAGAUAAUAGAGGGCAGAGAGUUGCUUGCUAUUGUGGAAACUCCCUUUGGUACAUCCGUACCCCCUUAUUCAGAACACCGCUAGCCGUUAGCACAGGAAGGCACCGGACCUGUAGCAUCGUCUCGCAAAAAAAAAGAGAACUAAAACCGAUUCCGACAGUCUAAGGACGUUAUUAUCCUUAUUGUGUUAUCCCGUUGGGGCGUGUUGGGGCUUUCGGACGUAAUAAAAACGGAUCCUCCCUGUUGCUCGGCGGCCCGUAGUAGCCUCCAUUGCCCUUGGUUUUUUUUUGUUGUUGCUGCUCUGUGCUGUUGCUGGUCGACUCCGUCCGGUACCUUUCGUCGGUAGUUUCGUCCAGCCAGCGGCAGUCAAUGAAGGCUUUCAUGUAGCAAGAUAAGGAGGUAUAACAAUGAGACACCGGUUCUACCGGGUACCGAUGGACGUGCCCGGACGUACGAGGGCAUCAUCCUGCCAAAGACUCCUUUUAGCAGCAGUCCUAUCCCCCCUUUUCCAAAUUGGAAGUGCGCCUUUGGAGAUUAAAAGCCAGGCAAAUGUAGAACAAAUGCGGGAAGAAUGGAACGGAGGAGCGAAACCCAAAAAAAAACCACUCAUCCUCGUUGUCCAGCAGUUUGUGCUCGUGCGAGCUUUAAAGCACAUUCCGCGAAUCGGUGGUCGGAUGGGAAGUUGAGCUUUAUCGAACGCCUCCUUUAGAGUAGGUCCUGAUAGUGUGUGUGUGUGUGUGUGUGUGUGUGGUACCGUUGGAUGGUGUAUAGUGAAGAAUCGAUUCGAUCGAAAUUCUUGACGCGCGGGGUUUUUUUUCCCUCUCUCGUUCGUUGGUGUCGCUUGCCGAGUACCUUAGGGGUCCUUGCGAACUUUACUGUUCCGCGAACGAUUUAGUCACCUAUAAUCACGGCAGGCGGCUAGGCAGUAGAGUCAGAUAACUACGACCGGGGUACUUGGGUACUAUGCUCCGGAUCUCUGGUAGAUCUGCUUCGAGCAGUAGUUUGGAGAUAAUUCUUCCUUCUAUCUGUCCUGUCCAUCCGCUCCGAACUGAUCGGAAACUUUUCCCUUUUGGGCCACGGGAGCACACACACACACACACACACACACACUCGGGGAAAACGCUCAGGACACAGACCUUGAGCUUCGAACCGUGGCCAAAGUGACAGUGAAACGAAUUCGAUUACCGGUCGCUGCCACUCACCACAGGAGGGGAGUCUUCCGACCCGUGCCAGCCCGUUGAGAAAGGGCGUGCCUCGAUUUGUUUCUUCUUCUUUCGUUUCACUUUCCUCUUGUCCGAGAUCAGGAUACUUGUGCAGGUGUCUCGUUUUGCUUUCUUUCUUCUGUUGCUUCCCACUGUUUCACUGGCAUGCUUUUGUUUUACAGAAAAUUCUAGUGCCUAGACCCGUUCCGCCACGGUUGUACUUGAGUUUUUUGGGUUUUUGGAGGUUCACCAGCAGGUCCCGCAAUGCGCUCGCGAGUACGCGGUUGUCAAGUGGAGAUCUUCCACCUUUCCGGCCCAAGCACGUUGACCAGUGCCGGCGUAUCUCCCUUGAGGAUUAGUUUUUGAGGUACUUUUUUUCGUUCGUUUGUUGACCGGUGGGUGGCCGGGGUGUCUCGUCUCGUCGCACUAACCUCAAAAACGCUUCGUUUCAAGCCAGCCUAUCAAUCAACACUUCUAUCAACCCUUGCCGGGACCAUCCCCUGCUCGCCGAAUGGCUGGCUGGGUGUCUUUAGCGUUCUCUUUCGAUGUUUCCUGCAGCACGGCGAGAGCGGCCGGUACGUGCCGAAGGAUUGUUUGGCCGCCGCACCGACUGAACUGACCGAGUGCGUGCCGAGGCAGGCAGUGCUACCAGGCAUCAGUGGCUCUCCACUCCACUGCGAGUGUGUAUAUGUGUGUGUGUGCGCGUGAAUGUAUGCAAAGUGUAAAAUAGUGUAAACCGUGCUGCGGUGCUUACUGGGCAGCCACGCGAGGCAAAAGCCCGCGCCAAAAAUAGUGCCUCGGCAACCUGCCGAAAUAGUGCGCGUCUUCUCUCGAAGCGGAUCGCUCGAUCUACCUGCUCGAAUAACGAAAACGAUACAUUGCUUCCCCGAGCAGCGGACUCGGACAAUCGUGCUUUUGUUUGUCUGCUUUUGCUCUGCUGCCGUACGGCCGUUCGCCAUCAUCUCCAGCAAACAGUGCAAUAGCGACACUACUCGACACGCGUACGCGAGCAACAAUCAAACCAAGUACGUAACAACAGGCACCGAACAGCGAUCAAAUUUCGUACUCCGGCCGGCUUCGCAGCGGCCGAUUAAACGGAGCGGGGCGGAAAAAAGGGCUGCUUAUCGGUGCGGAGUGAGUGGGCCGGGGGUGGACUGGGGGCACUAAAGCGCGCAUCGUAGAAAUUGUGUGAAGCCUGCAAAAGAAAAAUGUGUUUAGAUUUAAUGCUGUCACGAGCUUUCAACCGUUGCCCGUUGCAGUAGUGUCCAGUGUCGUACUUUGUGUGUGCGUGUGUGUGUGCGUGUGCGUGAGUUUGUGUGCUGUGUCUCAGUGGUACGUUCCCUUUCCCCACACAAGUCCCCCCGACCAAGCAAGCAGUUGGCCCGGAAUGCCCGGCAAUCGUAGUCUCGCCACCCGCCAGCCUAUCCACCCGGUUCAUUUGUGCACGGUUAGCGGUGAGGGACGGGCCGACCUACUGCCGUCAGCCAACGCGUGAGUGUGUGUGUGUGUGUGUGUGCGUGCGUGUGUGUAUACUGUUUGCAAAGCGAUGCGUUUGCGGGCGGUCUCUCGGUGCCGGCUGGUGGCGGUGGCCUUCGUGCUGCUCGUGCAGCUCGUCGACAGCGGCCAGAUGGAGGAGCUGCAGCUGCGCUCCGGUACGGGCGGGGGCGGCUCCGGCACGACACGGUACCGGACCGGGGCGGCCGACACGCCCGGCAAGGGCCGUGGGCAGGCGGGCCCCGCAUCGAUGUACGCGGUGAACGAUAUCGAGUGUCCGAGCUUUGCGGAAAAUUCCGCCUGCCCGUGCUACAAAUUUGAAGAUGGCAUCUUUCUCGAGUGUCCCGGCAUCACGCUGGCGGCCCUCCGCUCGACCCUGCAGGUCAUCUCGUCGCCCAUCCAGUCGCUCUCGGUGUACGACUUUGACCGGUCGGUGAAGACGCUGACGGUGGAUCUGUUCCAAGGGGCGGCGUUCUCCACUGCCGGCGGCGGUGGUGGUGGUGUAGGGCUCGGCCUGGACUCGGCGGCCGCCGGUAACGUGAGCAUCCGGCACCUGCAGUUCUCCCACUCGAGCCUGCAGCAGCUGAAGCCGAACAGUUUGCUGCCACUGCGGUCGCAUCUCGAGAGUCUGAGCAUUAUCAACGGGAAGCUGACGCAGGUACCCUCGAAAGCGAUCGUCGGUCUGAAGAAGCUGAUGGUGCUCGAUCUGGACGCGAACGAGAUCGGCACGCUGGAGGACUACGGCUUCCACGGGCUCCACCUGGUGAAGCUCAACCUGAAAAGCAACCAGAUCGAGCGCGUCCCCACGAACGCGCUGGCCGGGCUGGAGGAGUCGCUGGCCGAGCUCGACCUGUCCGAGAACCGGCUGCGCCAGUUCCCGACCCUGGCGCUCCGCCAGCUCGAGCACCUCCGGCUGGUGCGCCUUUCGAUGAAUGAGAUCGCGUCGCUCGAGCCGGACGACAGCUACACCCGGUUCGGGGCGCUCUCCUUCCUCGACCUCAGCCUGAACAACUUCGCCGAGCUGUACGGCGACAUCUUCGGCGCCUUUCCCGCGCUCAAGACGCUCUCGCUCUACAACAACUUCAUCGAGCAGGUGCACCGGGACGCGUUCGUGUCGCUGCACGAGCUGCAGUCGCUCGACCUCAGCCACAACCGGAUCGUCUACCUCGACCCGGACGUGUUCGCGGCGAACCGGCGGCUGCACACGGUCGACCUGAGCCGCAACCACGUGCACUACGUGAGCGGCGUGUUCGCCAACCUGCCCGUGCUGCGCGAGGUCUUCCUCAGCGAGAACAAUCUGCUCGAGCUGACGGACGACUGCUUCGCCAACUCGACCGGCGUGAAGGUGCUGUACAUGGAGCACAACGCGCUGCAGCGGCUGGACGGGGACGCGCUCGCCUCGCUCGCGCACCUCGAGCAGCUGUUCCUCAGCCACAAUCUGCUGGAGAAGAUACCGGUGCGCUUUUUCGAGCCGACGCCCGAGCUGACGUCGCUGGCGCUGGACGGCAACGCGCUGCUCGAGCUGGACGAGCGGCUGUUCCAGCGGCAGGGGAAGCUGCGCGAGCUGCGCCUCAACGGCAACCGGCUGCGCCAGAUCCGGGCGGCGCUGUUCGCGCCCGCCGCCGACCUGAUGGAGCUGCACCUGCAGAACAACGAGCUGCGGGUGGUGGAGCGCGGCGCGCUCAGUGGCUGCCCGCAGCUGCAGUACGUCAACCUGCAGGACAACGCGCUGGAGGAGCUGGACGCGGUGUUUGCGGGCGGGCCCGGGCCGCACACGCCCGCCCACUCGCCGCUGAUGGCGGUGACGACGCACGGGAAGCUGAUCAGCACGAAGGGCGAGCCGGCGGUGCCUGAGGGCGAGCUGGCGGGCCAGCCGGCCGAGUCGGCGCUGCUCUCGAUCCAGCUCAGCGGCAACGCGCUGCGCCAUCUGCACGCGCAGGCGUUCCGCGGCCAGACGAGCGUGCAGAUGGUGUGGCUGGAGCACAACCAGCUGCGCUCGCUCGACCGCGCCCUGUUCGCCGAGACGGUCCACCUGGAGAAGCUGUACCUGCGCAACAACUCGCUGAUCGCGCUCGAGCCCGGCACGUUCGAUGCGCUCGGGCGGCUCAAGCUGCUCGACCUGUCGCGCAACCGGCUGAGCGACCUGCAGCCGGAGCUGUUCCGCCGGCUGGCCGAGCUGGAGGAGCUGCUGCUCGCGCACAACCUGCUCGGGGCGCUGCGGGCCAACGUGUUCGGGGCGCUGCGCGGGCUGCGCACGCUCGACCUCAGCUACAACAACCUGCAGACGCUCGGCGCGGACGCACUGCAGCCGGGGCUGCCGGUGGCGAGCGUGAACCUGCGCGGCUGCAACCUGACGCGGCUCGAGCCGGGCGCCUUCCGCGGGCUGCUCAACCUGGCCGAGCUGACGCUGGAGGAGAACCGGCUGCCGGCGGGCGAGCUGCGCCACCUGGACGCGAGCCCGGUGCGCACGCUGCGCCUCGCCGCGAACAACUUCACGGCCGUGCGCGAGGGGCUGCUCGACCGGCUCGUCUCGCUGCAAGUGCUGGAGCUGGCGCGCUGCGCCAUCGGCGACCUGCCCACCGCCCUGCUGCAGCGCAACGUCAACCUCGUCCGGCUCGACCUGAGCGAGAACGAGCUGCGCGUGCUGCGCCGCGGCUCCUUCGCCGGGCUGCACGUGUUCAAGGAGCUGCGGCUGCACGGCAACCGGCUGGCGGACUUCCCGCACCUCGCCCUGCUGAACGUGUCCACGCUCGAGGUGCUGACGCUGGCCCGCAACCAGCUGACGGCGAUCGAUUUCUACAAGCUGAGCGGGCUGCCGAACCUGCGCACGCUCGACCUGCACGCGAACAGCAUCACGACGCUCGGCGGGUUCACCGCCGACACGCUGCCCCAUCUCGACACGCUCGAUCUCAGCGGCAACCUGCUGCUGGCGCUGCCGGAGAACUUCUUCAAGCACUCCGUCAGCCUGCAGCGCGUCGACCUGUCGCUCAACCGGUUCGGGCGCAUCCCCAACCUAGCCCUCUCGGAGGCGUCGCUGGCCCGGCUGGCCUGGCUCAACCUCACCGGCAACCCGCUGCAGCGCAUCUCGGCCGACGCCGACCAGCAGCGCUUCCCGCACCUGCGCGAGCUCGUCAUCAGCCGCACCAACCUGUCGAUCGUCACCAGCAAAGACUUCGAGCUGUACCCGGCGGUGCAGCGGCUGCACCUGGCGCACAACCGCAUCAACCGCAUCUCGCCCGGCGCGUUCGUCGCCCUCGCCAGCCUGCAGCUGCUCGAUCUGAGCGUGAACGAGCUGGAGCUGCUGCCGAAGGAGCGGCUGCAGGGGCUGCGGCUGCUCGAGACGCUCAACCUGUCCACCAACAGCAUCCGCGAGCUGGACGAGUUCGCGCAGGACCUGCAGAAGCUGCGCGUGCUCGAUGCGUCCGCCAACCAGCUGGAGCGCAUCCACAAGAACGCGCUGCGCCAUCUGAGCGCGCUGCAGGAGCUGUACCUGAACGGCAACCGGCUGAUCACGGUGGCGUCGGACGCGUUCCGGACGCUGCGCGCCCUGACCCGGCUCGAUCUGCGCAAGAACUACUUCGAGUACGUGCCGCUGCGGGCGCUCAAGCCGCUCGAAACGCAUCUGCAGCAGCUGCGGCUGGAAGAUAAUCCGCUCGUCUGCUCGUGCGACACGCAGGAGCUGUGGGAGUGGCUGAGCGACCACCGGAAGUGGGCCCGCGGGUACGACAACGUGCGGUGCGAGCAGCCGGCCGAGGUGCAGGGCAAGCUGCUGCUGACGAUGGAACCGCAGGAGUUUUGCGACGUGCCGCUCAUCCUGAAGAUCGCCAUCCAGGACAUCCAGCCGUACUCGGUGCUGGUGUCGUGGCAGAGCCGGGAGCACUCCGGGCUGCACGGGUACCACAUCAUCUACCACUCGCUGGACACGGUCGAGGACAUACGCGGUAAGACGAUGAACCGGUCCUCCAACUCGGCCAAGCUGAACCGGCUGUCGUCCAACACGCGCUACCUGAUCUGCGUGCUCGGGCUCGGCAGCUGGCUGACGUACCACAGCGACAUCAACAGCUUGCUGAACCAGUCGAACCAGCUGCAGAACCAGAUCCUGAACAGUGGCUCGGCCGUGCACAGCGGGUACGCGGCGGGCGAUCUGGACGCGUCCCUGUCGAACACGCUGCUGUCGCUGAUGAUGGACACGCCCACGUCGCGCUGCACCGAGGUGCGCACGCUCGACGCGAUCGGGCCGAACCCGCUGGCGGAGGCGGACGGCAUGUCCGGGCGCAGCAUCAUCCACUCGAUACUGACGCGCCGGCUCGGGCUGAUCGUGGGCUGCUGCCUCGGCAUCGUCGUGUUCAUCGUGCUCAUCUCCGUGCUCGGCUGGCUGAAGAUCAAGAAGCAGCGGCUGGAGGCGGCCAAGCGCCAGCAGCAGCCGCACCAGCCCGAGUUCAUCUCCUACCGGCACUUUUCCAUCCCGAACGACGAGCACGGCCGGGACGGCGUGGCCGGCGCGAUGGGCGCCGUCGUGGGCGGUGGCGGAGGUGGCGGUGGUGGUGGUGGGGUCGCCCUGCUCGAUGGGCAUCCGUCGUUCAUCUCCGGUGCGGUGCUCGGCACCACCACCACCAUGAACGGGGGCGGACCGGACGAGCACAAGAAGCUGUUCCUGACCGACAGUUGAAACGGGCCGGGCACGGUACGGCUGCCCGUCAACGCUGCCCUCGCAACGCUCGAUCUGGUCAAUUACGGCUGAAGCGGUAGGUUGCGGGUGGGACCCGAGGACGGGGGGGCAGGUGGCGCUGUCCCUUCUUUUUUCUACAGCUCCACAAACCAAGCCACAGAUCACUCACAGCCCGCAAAGCAGAAACGAAGCGCGCGUGAAAGCGAGCAAAACAAAAAACAAACGAACUAGUAAUAAUCAAACAGCAUAGCUAAUGUUACGUGUGGAUAAGCGUUGCCGAGCGAGUGCAUGCAUGGGGAAGGGGUUGGCGUAGGGUAAAAAAAGAAAUUAGUACUCGUGAGCAGUAUCAAAAGCUCCCGGGGCAAGUGGAACGAUUUUAACGGGCAGAGCAUGCAAGUGUGAGACUGGAUUUGGCGCACUCCGGCGCCUUCAUAUUUAAGCGCCAAUCUGCACCCGGCGGAGAUUCAUACCAAAACGACUAGGCUAACGGGAGGAAACACCUUAAAAGGGAGCGAAAGCGAAGAAGAUGAUGCUGGGUUAUAUAAUUUUACAUUUUAUCUUGUUCGUUUUAAAUAUCAAAGUGUUAUCAUUAGAUUUAUUUAUUAUGUUUCUCUACUCAGAACAAACAAGAAAUUUCAAUGCGCAUGACAAAAGAUGGAAUAAUCGGCCUUAUACAGCUUCCUUUACGCUGCGUGGCGAGCGUUUUGCAUACAUUUAGGCUAACGGUAACGAACUUAUAGCGAAGCGUGCGCCGCGACCCUUUCCAAGCGCCCGCAGCUAUGCAAUCGGCAGUGCAGAAUUGGAUUUUAAUAGACGAGUUAUCCCCGUUUUUUUUGUUUUAGCCCAUCCCGCUCAAUUAUUGGCUGAUGCCUGUUUACUCUGUUGCAUGCCACACACGCACACAAAAACAAACGCAGAUGUUUGAUUUCAAUCACCGCGUUUGCAGUGCUGCAAAGCAAAACCAUACAUAUAUUAACAUGAAAGCAGCGUGUUGACCAAAAACCCAUUUCACCCCGUCACCCUAAAGGUCGAAUAACGCGGCAAAGCAAAAAUCAAAUGAGGAGCUAAAAUGACAAAAAAACAAAAAACACCCGUCAAAGCCAAUACAGAGAUGUUGUAAAUAUUUUGUAGAGACAAGAUUAUUGAGCUUUACACCGUGUUGUGCAUCAAACUGCAAAAAAAAACUAUACCGUGGUUAGGUUCGAUUGAGCGAGGCUGAAAUCGUUCGGUUUUUCUUUAUAAAUACUCACAUAGGAAAAUUAUGGUUCUGGUUCAACCUCGGGGCAAGAAAGGGAAAACACCGAGGAAGAAAAAAAGGUAGACAAAAAAAAACACGAAUCCACGAAUGGAGGAACGGCCGCAGCUGGGAACGCGAAGUGUCAGAACCAGCGGUGAAAGUGGAGACGAUUUUAUUUGCUUUCCGUUUCGGCUCGCUGGUUGCCUUUAGCGUGACUUUACGACAGUUGUGUGCCGCGCAGUGCAAGGGACAAGAAAAAAAAGUCCCCACGGUUCUCUCCUUCGUCGGAAUCAUCCGUUUUCGUACAGCCGCGUUCGCUUGUGCCGCCGAUCGGUUUGGGCCGAAUCGGCUGAUUGACAAAAAAAGGAUUAACGAUAGGCAACGGCAAAAGAUUAAGCAAAUGCAGCGUCGUGGAAGGGGUUUCUAUUAUCCGGCAGUGCUGCGCUCGGUGGCACUUCAGUGACGCCCGGCUUUUGUGUGGUGUGGUUACCACCGAAGUGGUUGGAAUGUUUUUCACCUGCAAGCAAUCCUGCCAGCAAUUUUCCAUUAUUUCGCUAUUUUUUUGUGUCAUUCAUUUGUAUUGGCUUUUUCAGUUUUUACGUUUUUAGUAUUCCAUCUGUGUGGGAGCUUCUUCUGCUUAGCGGAACACACACACACCCACUAGAUUUGCCAAGCACUGGUUGGUCCUCGGUUUUUAAGGGUGGCACGAAGCAACAAAUAUGAACCACUCUAGGCGAGCUUUAUUGAAAUGGAGGCGCAUCAGUUUCUUGUCUACAGUUUUGUUUUUCUAGCUGCCUCGGGGAGUUUGCGGUUCAUUUAUGUUUUUUUAUGCUGAAUUCCGCGAACGCCGUACAAGAUGCUUCGGGUGUAGUUAGUCCGUUUUUUUGCUCGUUUAUACCAUAAUAAUUUUGAUAUUUAUUUAUUUCUGUUUAUUUUUCAUACGGAAGGCACCGUCAAGAGCGUUGUUUUCGAUUGUUUUUUUUUUGUUCUGAUUUUCCCUCAACUCAACCGUUCGGACGCUGCUGGGAACAAUUUUCGCACACCAGCAGGGCUUUUCUCUCUCUCUCUUUUCUCUAUUACCAAGCACAAUUGAUUGUUAUCGAAAGUGUGUAUGUUUUUUUGUGAUGUGGAAUCAGCAGUGGAAGGAAGGAUCAUUAAUGCUUCUAACAAAACAAUCCACAGUGCUUUCGUGCAAAGCAGAACCGGUUUGCUGUGCAGUGUGUUUGUGACGCAGCUAUGUAUGCUUUUUAUUUGGUUGUAAGCACAGUUUUUCGGAGUUUUGUUUGCACCCGUGGAAGCUCAUUGUCGGUUGAGCUUAGAACAAAUGAGCGCGUGAUUUUUCAUUUCCACCUUUUAUUUUUUUAGAGACGUUUAUAAGAGAAAAAACAAAUGAAAACUGUUUGCUUUUUCGCACACAAAGCUUAAGGGUAAGGGUGAAGCGAAAUGGAAAGAAUGAUCUUAAUUGAAACAUUAUUUUAUGGCACCAGCGCUUCUCUUGUUGCGUAUUUUAACGCUCGCGCCUAAAUGUAGGCAAUACUGUGCUUUAUUUUCAAAGCUACUGCUGGGCGCAACUUCAAUGGCAACCGUGCGCGAUGUUUAUUUUAUUUCAUUUUGCAACUAAGAAUAUAUAACAACGUGUUCAUGUUAAUUUAUACUAUGUAAGGUUUUUUUUUGUACUCCAUUUAAAAUACUCAAUUACUGCACGCAUGAGAUCGUUACAAUGUUGAUUUAAGAUAGCGUGUGCACGCUACAGAAUGUUGCUAAUUGGGAAACGCAUUAGAUUGUAAGCGAAAGAAAUUUUGGUGCUAGCUAGUUGGUGGAAGGAUUGAUUGCAGUUUUGUUUUGCGUUUUUCUCUCUUUCUCUCUCUCUCUCUUUUGGAUAUGCUGAAAUAAGUGAGGAAAAAAACAGGGCAUUAUGAUAGAGUUGUUUCAUUAGAUAUAUAGUUACUUGCAAGUGAGGAACCGCUGCAAUGUCAUU